UACACUUUCUUCGGUCGAAGUGACUAGUAAUAUGCAUAAGAACAAAUUGAAGGGAAGAACUAGCUGUUGGUGACAAAUAUGAAGAAUAUGUUCCUGCAUUUAGUGCGGCCUCUCCAGCAUGUCUCGGACAAUCUGAGCCAAUUUACCAGAAACAUACAAACCCCAGAUGUCCACCACACAAACCACUGCUAAGCAGGAGGAGCCGCUCGACCUAAUCCGCUACCAGCUCGACGAGGUUGUACUCGUCAAGUUAAGAGGCGCCCGCGAAAUGAAGGGCAAGUUACAAGGAUAUGACUCGCAUUGCAACUUGGUCUUGAGCGACGCCGAAGAGUACAUUUACGGUGAGGCUGUCGAGGACGUUGUGGUGAAGAAAUCCGAGAUGAUCUUUGUCAGAGGUGACUCUGUCAUCUUGAUCAGUCCUGUCGAGUAGCAGGGUGCUGUGUUUAAUGGGUCAUGCGUGUAUCAUAAAAAGAAUAAAUUUGUCAGUCACAUGAAUUCGUGGUUCUUAAAAAAGAGAUAGAACAUAGGGAAACUCCCGAAUUGUAGGGGUAUCUGUAAUUUUAUCCGUCAAU